UCUCUUCUCAGACCUAGGAACAGAGCAAUGUUGACCAUGAAGAGCUUGCCGAACUUCGGCACUUCCCUAUCUAAUUAUCAAAGCCAUAAAAAUAGGGCAAGCUUCGCGGAAUCUCCGAAUUGUUUCAUUUUAUCCGGACAAUCUUCACGACCAUAUCUGUCCUAUUCAAAUUCCGAUGUUUCUUGUACAAGUGCUGGCCCUUCUGCCUUGCUUGUGAAGACCACAGAUGCCACGAAUAUGGAUGUAAAUGCCGAAAUUUGUGAAUUCUGUAAAGUGGGUAAUCUUAAAAGUGCCGUAGAUUUACUCGUCCGGUCAGAAAAAUCCGAGCUUGAAUUGGAGACUUAUUGUUCUAUCUUGCAGCUGUGUGCUGAGCGAAAGUCUUUGCAUGAUGGUAAACGGGUUCAUUCGAUUAUCACUUCCAAUGGCAUUGUAAUUGAAGGGAUUUUAGGUGCAAAACUAGUUUUCAUGUAUGUAAAUUGUGGAGAUUUAAGAGAAGGGAGACGGAUCUUCGAUCAGAUCCUGAAUGAUAAGGUUUUUCUGUGGAACCUUAUGAUGUAUGAAUAUGCAAAAAUUGGCAAACAUCGGGAGAGUAUAUAUCUGUUCAAGAAAAUGCAAAACCUGUGCAUCGAAGGAAAUUCUCAUACAUUUUCGUGUCUUAUGAAGUGUUUUGCUGCUUUGGGGCAGGUAGGAAACUGUGAAACGGCGCAUGGCUAUGUUUAUAAGUUGGGCCUUGGUUCUCAUAAUAUUGUGGCCAACUCUCUUAUUGCCGCUUACUUUAAAUGCGGGGGAGUUGAGAGUGCAUACAAGUUGUUUGAUGAAUUGGGCGAUCGGGAUGUUAUCUCGUGGAACUCUAUGAUAAGUGGAUAUGUUCAGAAUGGUUUGUCCGAAAAUGGGAUUGAGGUUUUCAUUCAGAUGCUGAUUUCAAGGGUUAAAGCAGAUUUGGCUACAUUGGUUAACGUUCUAGUAGCUUGUGCCAAUAUUGGGAAACUUCCAUUGGGUAGGGCACUUCAUGGUUACGGAGUAAAAUCAUGUUAUAGUAACGAAAUCAUGUUUAGCAAUACUUUGCUUGACAUGUAUUCAAAAUGUGGUGAUUUAGAUGAUGCCAUCCAAGUUUUCAAAAAGAUAAGUGAAAAAACGGUCGUCUCUUGGACUUCAAUGAUAACUGCUUAUGUGCGAGGAGGCUUAUAUGAUGAUGCAAUUCAGAUAUACAUGGAAAUGGAAAGCGAACAUGUUAAGCCAGAUAGUUAUACUUUGACAAGCAUUCUUCAUGCUUGUGCUUGUAGCAGCUCAUUAGAAAAAGGUAGGGAAGUACACAAUUACAUCAGAAAGAACAUGGGCUUGGACCUCUCUCUCUCUAAUGCUCUAAUGGAUAUGUAUGCAAAAUGUGGAAGCAUGGAAGAAGCUCAUUUGGUUUUUUCUGAAAUUCCGGUUAAGGACAUUGUUUCAUGGAACACCAUGAUUGGAGGUUAUUCAAAAAAUAGUCUUCCCAAUGAAGCUCUUAGACUUUUUGCUGAGAUGCAAUCAGAAUCAAAACCUGAUAGCAUUACGAUGGCUUGUGUCCUUCCAGCUUGUGGAAGCCUAGCAGCUCUAGAGAGAGGCAAAGAGAUUCACGGGAACGUGUUGCGAAAUGGAUAUUCUUCUGAUCCUCAUGUUUCCAAUGCACUUCUCGAUAUGUAUGCAAAGUGUGGGUCGCUGGUUCUUGCACAGUUACUCUUUGAUAAGAUUCCUAUAAAGGAUCUGAUAUCGUGGACUGUAAUGAUUGCCGGCUAUGGCAUGCAUGGGUUUGGAAAUGAAGCAAUUGCCACCUUUAAAGAGAUGAGGAGUUCAGGUAUUGAACCUGAUGAGAUCUCCUUCACUUCCAUAUUAUAUGCUUGUAGUCAUUCUGGAUUACUAAAUGAAGGGUGGAAAUUUUUUAAUUCCAUGAAAAGUGAGUGCAAUAUUGAGCCCAAGUUGGAACACUAUGCAUGUAUGGUGGAUCUUCUUGCUCGUACAGGAAAACUAUCCGAAGCCUACAAGUUCAUUGAGAAAAUGCCAAUUAAACCAGACGCUACUAUUUGGGGUGCUCUGCUUUGCGGAUGCAGGAUUCAUCUUGAUGUGGAUCUAGCAGAAAAAGCUGCAGAGCGUGUUUUUGAGCUAGAACCAGAGAACACGGGAUAUUAUGUUCUUCUAGCUAACAUCUAUGCAGAGGCCAAAAAAUGGGAAAAAGUGAAAAAUUUAAGGGAGAGGAUUGGUAAGAAGGGGCUAAAAAAGAGCCCAGGGUGUAGUUGGAUAGAGAUCAAGGGCAAAUUUAUUAUCUUUGUUGCUGGGGAUGCUUCACACCCUCAAGCCAAAAGGAUAGACUCAUUGCUGAAGAAACUCAGAAUAAAAAUGAAGAAUGAAGGGUAUUCUCCAAAUAUGAAGUAUGCCUUGAUAAAUGCAAAUGAAAUGGAGAAAGAAGUGGCUCUAUGUGGACACAGUGAGAAAUUAGCUAUCGCUUUUGGUAUAUUAAAUUUACCACCUGGAAGGACAAUUAGGGUUACUAAGAAUCUACGAGUUUGUGGUGACUGCCAUGAGAUGGCCAAGUUCAUGUCCAAGACAACCAAGAGGGAGAUUGUCUUAAGAGAUUCUAAUCGGUUUCACCAUUUUAAAGAAGGAAUCUGUUCCUGCAGAGGUUUCUGGUGAAUCAUCAGAGACAUUCAAUCAAUUUAGCUGAGUUACAAUGUCACUUGACUGAGAUAAGGAUGGCCACCCAUGUGCAGAAUAAGAGGCAUGUUCCAUGCCCUAUCGUUUAGGUAUGAGGAAUAUACUCUGUUCUGCCAAUCACGAACGACCCAUCCAACAUCCACCGGAAACGGCCUCUUCUGCAGAAUAACAGUGGAGGGGCGUUAUAAUUUAUGGAAAGUGUCAGUUCGCCUUGAGAUUCUGAUGUCCAUUUCUGGUACGUGACUAUGUUUAUCAAUCUUUAUAGGGGAAUCAAAUUAAACACGGUUAAACAAAUGCUAUUGCAAUGCUGGGAAAUUGCAAUUUAGCAUUGCUCCUCGAGUUUGAAAGAGCGUUAUAGUAGCAAGUGGAAGCCACGCAGGAGCUUCACUAAAUGAUCCACCUACUUUGUGUAUUUCAAGGGCAUCUUAUGUGCACAACGCUAAACAUUAUAAACACUUCACGUCCCUCUUCA